UCCUAUUUGGUGACACAUUGAAGCAACCCACGGACUGUCGUGCGCAUGUGCAGCAAAUCGUGUUAUUUGUUGCUGGCUGCAGACGGCAAAUUGGUAAACAAAUUUCCACCCCGAGCAGAAGUUAUUGACCCGCAGAGAUUGUCAGUUUUUUGUAGGCUCUGCACCACACGCAAACGAAAGCACCUCAAUCAAAAUGCUACGCUCUGCCUGGGUGGAAAUUUGCCUCCUGCUAACCGUCACAAUCGCCACCACAGUAUGGGCGGCCGAUGCCGACAAAGUAGUGUUUCAGUUUCCCGAGUAUGAUUUUAAGGAGACGAGCAAAAAUGAGCUCACAUUCCGCGAGUACGAAUCAGCCUGCGACCAAAGCAAUCGAUGUGCGGAGUUUGAUGGCAUCGAAAGGACACGGUGCGUGCGGGAAUGCAUCUCACCGUCCUGCUACCAGGAGAUAUACAAGUUCGAUGAGCUCGAGGAAGGCGAAAUCGAUGUACGACUGAACUCAUUCCGUGCCUGUUUUAUGCAACGACUCAAUCGCAACCGUGGCUAGAAAUCAAGCAAAUCGCAUUUGUGCUCAUCUGGAAAGCAUAGUAUUCGAUCGACACUCUCGGCCUGAUCACUGUUCAGUAUUUGUUAGUAGUUGUAGUAGUAGCCAAUCUAGUAGUGGGACACUUUUCAGCGUCUUUACUUACCAAUUCCUUCCGUCGAGAGCGGGCCCAACAUGAAUCAAUCAAUUUUUGGUAAUAAAUAGUGUAAUAAAACCUGCUUUUCGGAUUUUGUGCUCUUUACUUAAACCUUCAAAAGCUGUAUUUUUCAAUGCUUUAUUUUUUCCAUCAAAUCCAUAAGUUCAUCUUUAUUCGGGUAAGAUGAGAAUGAACUACUACUUGUGAAACAGAAAGCUCGUAGGUAAAUGCAGGUGAGAAAAAUGAGGAAAAAACAAAAAAUGAAUGCAUAAAAAGAAAAAUGUUUCAAAACUCAACAAGAAUUUAGGAAAAAGGCGAAAAUUAAAACAAAAUUGAUUAAAAUAUGCGUCGUAAUAACAAAAAAAAACAAUGAUACUGGGCGAACUGGACGAACCUGUACUGGGAGAGCAUUUGAAAGCGAUUGCCAAUAUAAUAAAUUAAUCCGUUUUCCCUUUCGGGUGUAUUACCAGUGCUGUUACCAUUUAAAAACAAAAAAAAAACGGGGCUAUCCAUGCUUGCACAAUGUACGAUGGAGAGAAGAA